UCUUUACGUAAUCAAUGGAUGUCCUCCUGGCUUAAUUUAUUUUACUUUCAAUAGCAACAAACCGUCCCCAAUACUAGUUCUGCACUACCUAAAGAAGUGUGAAGGAAUAAGAAAUAAACCGUAGUAGUCUUAGUGCGUAGUUGGAGAGAGAAAUGCACGCACCCAUGUUGGAUGUUAGCAGCAUCCUUCUUUUACAGCAGAUCAGUCUCAGUAGCCACGUCAACAUCUGUGAUUCAUGUUGAGUGCUUGUGAAACGCGUCAAAAACCUCGAAUUAUUCCACUCGUUCCGUGUCCGUGUCCGUGUACUGCAUCAAAUGGCCGUCAACGUUCAUUUCACUGGUCAAACGACCGAAAAUCUAUCCCGCAUUGAACUGCUCGCCUGGGUUAACCGUACGCUGCUGGCCGAGUUCAAGAAGGUCGAAGAGCUUUGUACCGGUGCCGCCUAUUGCCAGCUAAUGGACGUUCUGUUUCCGGGAUGUCUGCAGUUGAAGCGCGUCAAGUUCUGCACCAAUGUUGAGCACGAUUUUCUAAGCAAUCUGCGCAUGUUUCAGAACGCGCUGGUACAGCUAAAGGUGUCCAAAGCCGUACCGAUCGAACGUUUGGCAAAGGGACGGUUUCAGGAUAACUUUGAGUUUUUGCAGUGGUUUAAGAAAUUUUUCGAUGCCAACUACGAUGGGAAAGAGUAUGAUCCGAAGGUAGCGAGAAACAAUGCACCGAUGGGUUACGGUACGCCGAGCACACUAAGACCGAGCCAGCGGAUUAACACCGUUUCUGGAGCGUCGGUUCCGUCCGGUCGUCCGGUAAAGCGUCCCGGUAGCACAAACGGCUCCACAACGCGUCUACACGAAGAGGACAAAACAGUAACAGGAGUAGCAGGAGGAGAUGGUGGAAGUGUUGGAGAAAUUAAACAGAUCGAUCGCAUAAAUACGUUAAGUGAGCAGAUCGAUGAUCUUACCAUCAAAAUACAGGAUGCCGAAAUAUCGCGUGAAUAUUACUACAACAAGCUGGUGCUAAUCGAGAAUUUUAUAAACGAACAUCCGGAGGACAGUCAUGAUGCAUUCUGUGAGAAGGUAAAGGAAAUAAUGUAUACUACCGAGUGAAAACACGUCUUGCCACACCGUGUUUUACCGUUCGUGUGUAUUUUGUGUACUAUUUAUCUCUCUCAGUUCAAUAAGUUUACAUCGUCUGUGCUCUUUUUAAUCUGUUCAAUUAUUAAAUAUGAACGUUGCCUAUGAA